UCGUAGGACUGUGUUGACGUCCAGUUGCCUCUGCUCGCGGUGUUAUUUUUCAUUCCACCCACACGUCCCACCCCCUGUGCUACGAUGCCUUCCUAAAAUACAGCAAAGUUUACCUUUGCACCCUUCCGACCUCGCUGUUAGGCAAUGCUUAGGUAAUUUUAGUGGGAAUAGCGGAGCGAAAGAUGGCCAAAAGAUCUCAAUUCAGUAACAUCGAUGAGUACGGUUUCGAGCGACCGGAAAACUUUGACUACGCGACCUAUGAAGAGUUCAUGUCAAGCUACCUCAGGAUAUUAGCCAAAAGAUCAAAGAAAUGGAAGGAACUCAUUGCCAACAAGAGCACUGUCAAGAGAAACCUUACAACUAAACGCUACAUCAGGAAGGGGAUUCCCAAAGAGCACCGUGGCCUCGUUUGGAUGGCUGUCAGUGGGGCGGAAAAGGCAAAACGAGAGCAGCCUCACUUGUACAGAGAAAGAUUAAAAGGACAAAUCAAUGAAGAGGUUCUGUCCUGCAUCAAGACAGACCUGCCUCGCACCUUUCCUGACAACAUCAACUACAAAGCGACAGCACACGUGUACAGCUGCACAGGGCAACUACAGUUAACUGAACAAACACAGCCUCACCAGCUGUUUAAUGUGCUUAUUGCAUUCGCGCAGGACAACCAGGAAAUCGGUUACUGCCAGGGCAUGAACUACAUUGCCGGCCUUUUACUGAUAGCCACCAGAGAUGAGGAGACGUCAUUUUGGCUUUUAAAGACACUGAUUGACCGCUCCUUGCCCGGAUAUUAUAACAAACGCAUGACAGGGAUCAUCCGCGAUAUUGAUGUUCUUGGAGAGCUAGUUCGCAUUAAGUACCCUGAAGUCCACCGCCACAUCGAGUCUCUCAACCUGUCAUGGGCUGUGAUUACCACCAAGUGGUUUGUCUGUUUGUUUGCUGAAGUCCUACCCGUAGAGACGGUGUUUAGAGUCUGGGACUGCUUGUUUUACGAGGGAGCGAAAAUUUUGUUCCGCGUGGCGCUGACUCUGGUUGGACUCAACACUGACGCCCUCUUAAAAUGUGACGACCUUGCCUCACUCAUUAUGUGCUUUAAAGCAGUUACACAAGAUGCGCUAGUCACCGAUUGUCACACUUUCCUACAGAGCAUAUUCAAAGUACCGGGUUCACUGAAAAAUUCAACGAUAGCGAGAUUACGUCAAGAAUGUGCAAACAAAGCCGAAGCCACGAAAAAGAAGUGAACGUUCUGCAUUUAUCAUUAUUUUAGCCUGCCAUUCAGUUGCCCUUCUAGAAGGUGUAGUUUUAGUUUUGUCAUUGCGCAUCAAGAAUUGCUUAUAUGAUUUGUCACUGUCAUCAUGGUGUACAGUUAAAUUUUGUCAUGUUUGGCUGUGAAGUCAGGAAUUGUAACUGAUCCAACGGACUUGAUUUUUUCAUGCAUUAACUGUAUCUUUGUAUUUCUGUAUAUUGAAAUCUAUUCAAGAUCUGCGUGAAUUUGUUUUUGCUAUGUUUAUUAAACAAAGAACCAAUCUUAUAAGUUA